GCCAGCGUCGCCCGGCGCGCGUCCGGCCGCCUCCGCCGCCGUCUGCGAGGUGUGCGCACAGACGUUCGGCAGCAAGAAGGCGCUCUGGCUGCACCGGUUCACGCACGCCGAGCGCCAGUUCGCCUGCGAAGUGUGCUUUAAGAAGUUCAAGCGGAAGGACACGAUGAUGGCACACUUGGCGACGCACGCGGAGGCGCAGGUGCCCUGCCCGCACUGCGACAAACGGUUCAAGUCCGCCAAGUCGCUGGCGGUUCAUGUGCGCCUGCACACGGGUGACGCGCGCUUCCCCUGCGAUGUGUGCGGCAAGCCGUUCGUGCAGAAGGUCAACAUGGAGCGGCACAGGCGCACCCACGAGCCCGACCACCGGCUGGCCAACAAGUGCGAGACGUGUGGCAAGUGCUUCAGUAGCCGCCAUCACCUGAAGCACCACCAGCUGGAGCAUAGCCAGGGCCGGACCCAUCGCUGCUCGGCGUGCUCGCGCACCUUCCUGAAGCCACGUGACCUGCAGCGCCACGUCUCACUGGCGCACGGCAGCGGCCAGUACGAGUGUCCCUUCUGCCACAUGACCACGCGGCUGAAGAGCAGCAUUGGCCGUCACAUGGCCAAGAUGCAUCGGGCGGAAGAGGAGCAGUGGUCGGCAGAUGGCUUCCUGGACUCGCUCUACAGUGCCGGCCGCUCCGCCGACUCGAUCCUCACGCUCGAGCCGAGCAGCACGCUGCUGCUGGCGCUGCCACCUGCCGGCGACACGCUGGACUCAAGCCUAGCGCGCUCGCCGUCGGCGGCGCUGUUGGUGGACGGCGCGGACGCCGACUCGGGCGUGUUGCUCUACGUGAUUGAUGUGCCCGAGAUGGACAUCACCUUCGACGGACAGACGUAG